UUUUAAAACUAGUUAUACUUUAAACAUAACUUGUUUGAUACAAGUACCUCUCGUAUCGGAGUACCUCUAUGUAUAUGGGGCAAGCUAUUAAUUAUGUACUCACUGAUAUCUAAAUAUAUGUAUAUGUUACGUAUUUUUGGCACUACCAAUUCCCAAUGUUACCUCCUUACUCACAUACCAGUACUUGUAUUGAUAGAGGGUCACAUCGCUCGAAUUCCGUUAAAUACCAACACAGCUCUGCAUGCUUAAGCACAGCCACGUCCAGAUCUCUGCCCCAAUCACGAAUACUAUCCGUCUUAAUCAAUAC